ACAGUUAAUUCGAUUAUUUAUUCAAUAUUAAAGAGAGCCUUCUGUUUUUCCUCUACCUUUAAUUUCCUUAACUCGCUAAAACAACUAUGGAUCGACUUAUCUUCCUCGGAUUUAUCUUUCUAUUGAAGCGAAGCUGCGGAGCAUCUCCCAUGUCUAAAAAUGAAUCCGCGGAUUUUAUGCAAUUGACCCUAUCUAUGUCAGACAAUGUGCAGUCAUUAUCCAUCGUUUCAAGUAAUGCAACACCUUUUAUGCAAUCAACACAAAACAUGCCAGGGAAUAAUGCUAUUGUCAUUCAAUCAACACCAGCAAUGGUAAAAGGUGCGACCACUGUUCUACAAUCAACACCAACCACAUUAAGCAGUGACAACAAUGUUCUUCAAUCAACAUCAACAACAUCAAGUAGUAACAAUGCUGUUCCAUAUUCAACACCAACUACGGAAAUCAGUAAUAUCACUGUUCUACGAUCAAUACCAACCACCCCAAUCAGUCACACCACGGUUCUACAAGCAACACCAGCCACAUCAAGCAGGGAAACCACUGUUUUACAAUCAACACCAACAACAUCAAGCAGUAACAAUGCUGUUCCAUAUUCUACACCAACCACGGAAAGCAGUACUAUCACUGUUCCACGAUCAAUACCAACCACCCCAACCAGUCACACCACGGUUCUACAAGCAACACCAGCCACAUCAAGCAGGGAAACCACUGUUAUACAAUCAACACCAACCACAUCAAGUAGUAACACUACUGUUCUACAAUCAACACUAACUACAUCAAGUAGUGACACUAAUGUUAUACAAUCAACACCAACCACAUCAAGUAGUAACACUACUGUUCUACAAUCAACACUAACUACAUCAAGCAGUAACACUACUGUUCUACAAUCAACACCAACUACAUCAAGCAGUAACACUAUCGUUCUACAACCAUUACCUACCACAUCAAGCAGUAACACUACUGUUAUACAAUCAACACCAACAACAUCAAGCAGUAACAAUGCUGUUCCAUAUUCAACACCAACCACGGAAAGCAGUAAUAUCGCUGUUCUACGAUCAAUACCAACCACCCCAACCAGUCACACCACGGUUCUACGAGAACAACCAAUCCCAUCAAGCAUGGAAACCACUGUUUUACAUUCAACACCAACCACAUCAAGCAGUAACACUACUGUUCUACAACCAUUACCUACCACAUCAAGCAGUGACACUACUGUUCUACAAUCAACACCA